UUUAUCGGUUCCAUAGGAAAUUGGACUGUCCCAAUCUCAUGUUAGGCCACCUGCACUUCAAUUAUUGAGAUGAGCAGCGAAUAUUCCGGCGCGGCGGCGCCGCCGCACAUUCUUAUCUUCCCGGUGCCAUUACAGGGUCACGUGAGCUCGAUGUUGAACCUGGCGGAGAUCUUCUGCCUGUCCGACCUGCACGUGACGGUAGUCCUCACUGACUACAGCCACCGCCGCCUCCUCCGCCACGGCGGCCUCCACUCCCGCUUCUCCCGCUACGGCGGCGCUUUCCGGGCGGCGACAAUCUCCGACGGCCUCCCCGACGACCACCCUCGUACCGGCGAGGCGAUUUUUGACGUGGUGAUGAGCCUCAGAGAAGUCGGCGGGGAACAGUUCCGGCGAGUAAUGGAAUCCAGCGACGGCGCGUCACGGCGGCGCGUGAGCUGCCUUAUCAUAGACGGCAUGAUGAGUUACACUCUUCCGGUCGCCGCCGAACGCCGGAUUCCGUACUUCAUCUUCCGCACGAUCAGCGCGUGCGCUUUCUGGUCGUAUUUUUGUACGCCGGAGAUCAUCGCCGCCGGCGAAAUGCCGUUAAGAGGGAACGAUGAAGACAAACUAACAUACUGGAGGAAGAAAGAAAUGGAUUUUCCGGUGACCGCCGUGCCGGGAAUGGAGGGGAUUCUCCGGCGGCGGGACCUUCCGGGGCUCCUCCGUGUGAACGACGCCGCGAAUCUUUCGCUUCAGGCAAUGGCAGCAGAGACGAAAGCGACUACUAAAGCCAAUGGAUUCAUUCUCAAUACAUUCGAAGAUUUAGAAGGUCCGAUUCUCGAUCAAAUCCGCAAACAUAUUCCAAAUCUAUACUCCGUCGGCCCUCUCCACUCACAUUUGAAGUCAAGGUUGGAGUCGAGUGGAUUCGAAUCGUCGCAAAAGAAUUCAAGUAGUUUUUGGGCCGAAGAUUCGAGCUGCAUUGACUGGUUGGACUCGCAACCUAUAGGAUCGGUUGUGUAUGUAAGCUUUGGUAGUGUUACGAUGUUGACAAGGGAUGAAUUGUUCGAGUUUUGGUACGGUUUGGUGAACAGUGGAAUCAGAUUUUUAUGGGUGAUACGACCUGAUUCUGUAGUCGGGAAUAGGGUUGGGGAUACGAUCCCGGAGGAGUUAGAAGAGGGUACAAAACGAAGAGGGCAUAUGGUGGAGUGGGUCCCACAAUCGACGGUUUUAGGGCAUCCGUCGGUCGGUGUGUUUUUCACGCACAGUGGAUGGAAUUCGAUCUUGGAGUGUGUUGCGAUUGGGUUGCCGAUGAUUUGUUGGGCUUAUUUUGUCGAUCAGAUGACAAAUAGUAGGUUCGUGAGCGAAGUUUGGAAGAUGGGAUUGGAUAUCAAAGAUACUUGCGAUCGAGUUAUAGUUGAAAAUGUUGUUCGGGAAGUUAUGGAAGUCAGAAAAGAUGAGUUUCUAGAAAGAGCCCGUGCGAUGUCGAUUAUGGCGAGGAAUGCUAUUUCCGAAGGUGGUUCUUCGUUCGUGAACUUGAACCGAUUGAACGAGUUUUUAAAGUCGACUACUCAACGAUAACUAAUGUAGCUCAAGAAUGUAGUUUGAUAACUAAUGUAGCUAGAGAAUGUAGUUUAAAACUUUCGGAAAAUGUAUUUCUCGUUUAUUAUUGCAUAA